AUGGCCGCCCUCCUCGCAGGCCUCAAGGACCUGCUCAUGCACCUCGUCGACCCCUGGCUGUUCAUGGGCAUCUCGGCCUCGCACAUACCCCAGACGGUCCGUGACGUCGUCGCGUCCGGCGCGCUGUGGAAGCUCCUCUGGCCGCCUGCCUUCUCCGACGUGCUGUUCGGCAACUUCUGGGCCACCGUCGGCCCCAGCGUCAAGGAGGCCGGCGAGGCGCGCGUCAUCCCCCUACUCGAGGGCCGCGUCUCGGGCGGCCGCAUUCACGACGCCGUCGUGGGCACACCCGUCCAUGGGACCGUCAUCGAGGUCGGCGCCGGCAGCGGCAUGUGGGCCGACGUCUUUGCCCGCAUCGGCGCCGGCGCCCCUGACUCGGACUCGGCGGGCAGCGGGGCGGGCGCUCGCAAGAGAAGGCAGGCCGGCGGCGCUGGCGGCGGCAUCACCAAGAUCUACGGCGUCGAGCCGCACCCGCAGUCCGCCGCCGCGCUGAGGAAGCGCGUCAAGGAGGUCGGCCUGGGCGACGUGUACGAGGUUGUCCCCGUGGGCAUCGAGUCCGUCAGCGACCCCAAGGCAUGGGACGGCCACAUCGCCCCUGGCAGCGUCGACUGCAUCGUCGGUGUCCUGUGCCUGUGCAGCAUUCCGGAUCCGGAGGAGAACAUCAAGCACCUGUACAAGCUGCUCAAGCCCGGCGGCCACUGGUACGUGUACGAGCACGUCAAGACGACCCGCGGAGGGCCGCUCUUCAGCCUGUACCAACGACUCGUCAACAUCCCGUGGUCGUUUUUCCUGGGAUCGUGCCGUAUCUGCCGCGACACCAAGAAGAGCCUCCUCUCCGCCGGGUCAUGGCAUCAGAGCGACCUCGUCCAGCCGCCGGACGAGCCGGCGUACGCUGUCCUUCCCCACAUUCUCGGCACCUUAACCAAGUAG